AUGAAAAUACAAGUGAUCGCCUGUUUUCUUCUGAUCGGUGUCACAGUUCAUGACGGUAAGCUGAGUGAAAAAAAAAUUAUAGCUACCGCUCAACAAAUAUAAUAGUGCUGGCAAAUCGAUGCCAAUUUAUACAGCUACGAACAAGGGGAAAUAUUGUCAAAAACAGGGCAUAUUUUUUAGCCGUUCAUGGUUAAAACGGGUCCCGUUCGAAAAUGAGACAAAAUACCAUGGCGUUAAAGUACGACCAGCUAACUCUCCGGCUGCGGCCUGCGGAUUUCAGUAAUAUAUGGCCGGCCGAUUUCAAUAAAGGCCUCAGGCGCCUUCUAUCGAUUUCACCUUUCUUAAAUUUUCUGAUAGCAUCCAGUAACGAAAAUCCAUAUCCAGUCAUUUUGUUUGUACGUCCCCAGUCUUACAGCAUUCUAGCUGUAAAAUUUCUGAAGUAACGCUGGGUCUAAUUUACUUGUUAUCUAUUUCGGAGUUAAUAUUACUUGACAGAUACGUCAUUGUGCAAAGUCAUACAAAUCAUUAGUUUAUUUCUUUAGCAAAAAUAACUAAUAGUAAAGUUCGACACAAGUCGCUAAGCAAAUGGCUCUUUUUUCGUUGAAAUAAGUCAAAUAACUCGUUACAAUAACGGUUUACAUGCCAUUCGUACAAAUUAAUCGAUUUUUACUUCUACCUUCCACCCAAAGAACCAAUGACAACGGUUAAUAACAACCCUAAAGUGAGAAAAUUAAGGAGGCAGUUUGUAUUGAGAACAAAAAACAUUUUACGUUAGAAUUAAUGUUUUGAAGAGAAUUGAUAUUUUCCGUUACAUGACUGUGGGGACUUUAUAUAUCAUGUAUAUUGACACUAUAUAAUACUUGGAUUGGUAGAUCCUGUUUGCUGCUGUUUGCUGGCCGCCACAUAUAGGCACUACAGCUGUAUCAUUUAAUUUGAGACGAUUUUGGUUGAAAUAGAAAAAUACUAUCAAGAAAUAAUUUGGGUAAUAUUCUUCGCUAAGCUAAAAUGCAUUCCCCCCCGUUGACAACAUAUUUUUCCACUGGAGUAAUCCCUGAUUCUGAAUUCUGAUUCAGUCAACGACAGUUGCUAUUUUUUUUCUAAUUGCUUUGCUCCGAUCGUUAGUUUUAAAAUUCUAUGUUUUACAUUUUUACCAUCGUCAUAUUCGCAAAGCAAAUUUUGCCUUGCCGGCGACAGCGUUUGACAGACUCAGUUUAAAUAACGGAAAAAUAAAUCAUAAUCAGUGACCAAUAUGGCACCUGUAAAAUUCCAAAAUAUACUUGGCUCCUGGUUAUAGCUUAACCCUUUCUUGUUUGUUACCUAUGUUUUUCUCUGGGUCGUAGCUAACAAGAGGUAAGACCAGGCACUUGCCUCGUCUAGAUUUUACCUUUAUUUUGAAAUGUUUUGUUGUUAGUUGCCGGGUUGGUUUUUGUAGCAAGAACACAAAAGCGUAAGUCUGUAGCUUGAAAACGAUCCACAGUACAUCGGAAUGGUUUUUUUUUCUAAAAUAUAUUCCAUGAAAAUUGCUGAAAACAGCAUUUCAGAGCUUUUAGAUUUUAACGCGAAUUUAGAAUAUCUUUCAGGCCCCACAAACCAGUCAUGACACUUUUUGACGUUGUAAUGGCGUUUAGUUUUCCUUUGUCGCAUCUUAUAUUUCUAAUGCGCUCAUGAACGGAACGGAACUUUCAUUUUCGCGUAAGUGCUCUAAAAUGUAUCUAAAAUAAAACCGAUCCGUGAAAACGCCUUGACAUACUGUAAAAUUCCGAAAAAAAAGUCCCUCCAUGUAUAAGCCCCUCCAAAUAUAAGCCCCCCAAACUCGUAACGCAAAAAAACCCUCCAAUAUAAGCCCCCCGGGGACUUGUACUUGGAAAUUGCCCUCAAAUACAAACUAAAAUAAAGCAAAAACGGUCAAUUUCCUUCCAACUAUAAGGCUAGCCCAAUCGAUUUUGAAACGCAAAUUUCCUUCCAUAGAUAAGCCCCUCCAAAAAUAAGCCCCUCAAAAAGGGCCUUUGAAAAAUAUAAGCCCCGGGGCUUAUUUUCGGAAAUUUACGGUAGGCCUAGUACGAGAGUUGCUUGCUCCACUCCUAACAAUAUAAGCAGCCCAUGGGCUAUAGGCCCCUGACAAUGUUCUGGAGGUAUUUCCUUGGGACCCUCUUAGCAGCUAGCACUUUCGGCGAUCGACGGGUUAAUUUUCUACUCUAACCACGCUCUUAAUGUUACGAAUCAACAGAGGAUAAACGUAACAUCUUUCUCAUGACAUAUUACUUGUUGCCUUUGGUUUCAGCAUCAAGCCUGGAAUGCUAUGCAUGUGUAAGCGAAAAGUCCUGGGACGACUGCUCUUCAACCAAGACCCAGUGUUCCUCUGUCGAAGACCAGUGCAUUAAAGUCCACUACAUGGCUGGUGGAGUGAAAUCUUUUCAAAAAGGCUGUGCACCCAAGAUAACCUGCGAAAGUGCUAAUAAUCCGAUCUGCAGGGAGGGCACUGGUGGCUCGGUCACUUGCGAUAUUUCCUGCUGUGACACAGAUAACUGUAACGCAGGCUCAAGGAUUGUAGUCAGCAGUCUCCUGCUACUGGUAUGCGCGCUAGCAUCACUACUGGUUCUUGUUCAGGCUUGA